AUGCGAAUCAGCGCUCCUGCCACACUCGACGUCGAGAUCGACGAGGACGAUGACGAGGAGACUCUCCAGCUCAAGCUUCAAGAGCUACAAGCGCGGUUAAAACUGAAGAAGCUACGGGCUGCCAAAGCGGUGGAGGAACAGCAACCUGUGACCGGCGGGCGGAGUUCAGUCUUGGAGAGAUCACAUACCAUGCAGCGAAUGGCGGCCGGGGGCGACGAGAAUCUACGACCAGAGCAACAGAGCGCCGUCCAGGUCCCUGCGUCGCCGACGAGGAAACUUCAGCCACCCAUCGAAGCCGCUGGGAGAAAGAAAGUCAGCCUGGAUAAGGGUUUCCAGCCCAUUGAACGCACUCACAGCCGCGCGGCAGCGCCUGCACGUCUCGCCUCAGCUCAUCCCCAACCGGCCCAGGCUGCCAGUGCACCGCAACAUUUCGCGUCGCCCUCUCGCGGUCUGACGUUCAGCGAAAGACUAGCGGCAGCGAGAACAAAAGAGAUCGAGCAGGACGAGCGUGCCAAGAAGAUCCAGCUGUCCAGGAACAAGUCCUUUGGCAUUGGCAAAGAGGAGAUGGAGCAGUUCAAGAGCAAAGCGGUCGAAAUACCCGAGGAGGCGCCCAAGCCGACAGUCUUCAGCAGGGAGGAAGUCAUGGCUGCGGAAUGGAAGGAAUCAGGCAUGCGGAAGAGCAAGACGGCGCCAAACUUGGCAUCGAGUAGUGCUGAUGGGACAGGGAAAGCGGAAAACGAGGAUGGCGGCUCCUUUGAGACGUACUCAAGCCUGCACUUGGCCCAACGGAUCUUGCCCCAUACUGUUCUGGCGCGGCAUGUGUCGGGCAAGAAGAUUAUGAACGUCAAGGACCUCUUGCGCGACGUCAAAGCCCCAGACUUUGCGCUCCCCGACGUCGAACAGGACAUUGUAUGCUUUGGUAUCGUGGCGAGGAAGUCUGCGCCCCGUGAUCACAAGCCAGGGCCAGACAAGAGCCAAGACAGGGGCAAGUACAUGGUCAUGACACUGUGCGAUCUGGAGUGGGAGCUCGACCUGUUUCUCUUCAACACUGGAUUUGAUCGCUUCUGGAAGCUCACAGAGGGGACGCUCGUGGCGAUCCUCAACCCGAAUGUGAUGCCGCCCAUGCGAGGCAAACAAGACACAGGUCGCUUCAGCCUGGUCAUUAACUCUGACGAAGACACAAUCCUGGAGAUCGGCCGGGCUCGCGACAUGCACUACUGCGAAGCCCUGCGGAAAGAUGGCGACCCCUGCGGCGCGUGGGUCAACAAGCGUCGUACCAAGUUUUGCGAAUACCACGUAAAUGCGGUGGUGGACAAGACCAAACUCAAACGCUUUGAGAUGAAUACCGGGUCCGGCUUCGGAUCUGGACCCAAGAAAAAGGGGACGAGUUCGAUGGACAAGAUGGAGAAGUGGCAGAAGAAGGUUGGCUGGGUGAGCAAGGAAGAGUACUUUGCCAGCAAGGCACCCAAGAACUACGACUGGGAGACCAAGACGAGAUUUUACACCCGACAAAGCAUGACUGCCGCCGACCUGCUGGAUGGCAAGGAUCUGACCAACACGGACCGGAAGGAGAAGGAAGCCCACUUGCAACGGAAUCUACUUGCCAGGGAGAAGGAGCGGGAGAUACAGGCGAAACUGGCCAGGACUGGAACGGGCGCUGGCAGAGACUACAUGGAGCGCGCAGUCGCCGCGCGGUCCAAGACCAAGGCGUCUCAGGAAAGCGCGAAGCCAAGUGCUCCGAGCAACAUACUCCCAAGGCCGCCCGGCCUUCCAGAACGAAAGAUUAAUCUCGGGACCACUAAGAGAAAGCGCCCAGACAGCACGAACGCGGGCAGCGUGAGCAGCAGCACGCUGGGAUGGGGGAAUGAACUCAAGGGCAAGCUGUCCAAGAUGCGGGAUGGGGAGAAGCUCCAUCCCGACAGUGACCAGCAGCCGCCCGUGCGCAAGAAGACGAGGUUCGUCACGGAGAAGGGGAUACGGGAGGCAGGCCGCGAGAGCCUGGGCGGGUCGGGGUUCCAAGGACGGGAAGUAGCUUUUGAUGAUGACGAUGGCGACGAAUUAGUGAUUGUGGGAUAG